AUGAAGCAGACAAGCUCGCACUCCGACACUUGUUCUUCUUUCAAGAAGUUUUGCCUGUCAGCUUUUUCCCGUUUGAAUCUAGAACAUCCUCAAGAUCUCGACCUGGCAGCCACAUGGAAUGGAGCUGAUGCAUUCACUGUAAUGGGAAGAGUUGGAUUCAAUUUUCCAGUCUUUCUAACAUUGAUUAACUAUGUUGUUGCUUCGAUUCUUCUAGCUUUCAACAACUCAACUAUCCCUAAAGAAUUGGUGAAUCACAUCAAAAGUGAUUCAAGUGUUUUGCCACGCAUUGGUGCAUUAAGAGAGGGUCACGAAGUUAAUCCUCCAAAAUCUCUAGGAGAGAUUCAUGAUUUUGAGGAGAAAGGAAAGGCUGUAGCUCUGUGCGAGAUUGUCUCGGUCGUGUCCGACAUGGGUUGGUUCUACAUCUCCUGUCAAACAUGUCAAAAGAAAGUGGUGCCCAUUGAAAAAAGACGAGGAAAAUGA